AUGAACGUGACGGCGACUGAUGAUUAUUGUAAGAGCUUGAUAGAUGUGUCAAUCAGGAUGGGGGGUGGUGAUUUGUUCAAGGGCAAAGCUAGCGGUAACAAAUGGGCAUUGUAUAUGCGAAGUUUCAUCCAGAAAACUUUGUUUUCCUUGGGGAACAAAGUGCAUGCAAAUGCUGCUACCGUUAUUGUUACCGUGUUGAUGAUGUUUUCGAUCUGUUGCUAUGGUUUACAGUUCGUCCAUAUCGAAACAGAUAUUGUAAAGCUGUGGGUAGCCAAAGGUGGUCGUCUUGAUGAGGAGCUGAAUUUCCUGUCACGGAUACAGUCGACGAUGAAUGACAAUGAAUCGAACGCUGGAGUAGAAAUCGUUCGUGAAAACGGACUCGGAGGUGGUUACCAGGUGGUGAUUCAGACACCCGAAUACGCCGGUCAGAACAUCUUGGAUCGAGAUCCAUUGCUGAAACAUGUGGACACGAUGCGAGAGAUAGCUAAUUUCAGUAUCGAACUGCAUAAUGUCACAUGGUCGUUGUCCGAUAUCUGUUUCAAGCCGGCUCCACCUGAACUGGAUGGUAUGGCUGCCGACAUGUCUGAUGUUAUUGAGAGAAUAGUACCAUGCAUUUGGAUCACGCCGAUCGACUGCUUUUGGGAGGGAGCGAAAGCGCUAGGACCGCAUCCGCCGAUUCCCACUAACGAUUUGUCAUUGUUGGCUUUGUUGAAGUCGAUUCCGAAUAGGAAGUUCAUCCAGUGGACAUAUUUUGAUCCAAUGGAAGCUGGUGUCGGGCAUGGUUACCUUGAUCGAUAUUGCAUAAACCCUCUAGAUCCAGAGUGUCCGAAAUUGGCGCCAAAUUACUACGACGUAUGUCCGAUGUUGGACACUUUCCGCAACUAUGCGCAUAAAAAUAACAUCACUCUGGAAGCGGAUGAUUUCUCUAACGAUGCGUAUGAGUUCGAUCUGCUGUCAUUAUUUGAUUUUGGUAGCAGAAGGCGGAAAAGGAGUCACGUGGCAGAGAAACCAGAGUCACCAGCUACAAAUGGAACGGAAGAUGAGGAGUUAUCGGAAAUAGAGUCGGUUACCUUGGAUUCGCUUGUUCAAACAGAACAUAAAAAGACGAGAGCUGUUCCUACAGAUUGCAACGCAUAUCGUGGGCCAAUGAUGCGGUGGAUGUUCGCCAAUCCUGACAGGUGGUCUGAAUUUCUUGACCAUUCUCAGUAUCCUGUUUUCCCCGACUACGCUGGUGUGAUGUCGGGUGGAUGCCCUGGUUUUGCAAAAGGUGUUCUUCAUUGGCCAGAAGAUAUGAUACUAGGCGGAGUGAAGCGGUCAGCCAAUGGAAUGAGAAUGGAAUCAGCAGAAGCGCUACAAAGCGUAUUUCUUGUCGCUAGUCCAAAUGAUGUGUUUCUGAGGUAUAAACAGAAAAGUGAUAGUACAGCGCCAAAACCAGAACUGGAGCAAUCCACUUGGAGUGAGCAGCUCGCUAAAGAGGUCAUCCAGCAAUGGCAGAGAAAUUUCACUCGCAUGCUGUACAAACAUCCUGCGAACUUCGACAAAGAGGGUCUUGAACGCCGUACAAUUCAUCCGUUGGCAUCGACGUCAAUUGCCGACAUGUUACAAGAGUUUUGCCAAUUUAACUACAAAAUUAUUUUUGUUGGAUACGGUCUAAUGCUUCUGUAUGCAAUUUUCACGCAAAUGAAACGUGACGGUUGUCUACCAUCAUCUCAGUCCUGCAUGGGUCUUGCAUUGGCUGGUGUGUUGACUGUGACAUUUGCCUCAAUCUCCGGACUUGGGUUAGCCACGUGGUUCGGUAUUGAAUUCAACGCUGCCACAACACAGAUUGUACCAUUUCUCACACUCGGCAUCGGUGUGGACAAUAUGUUUAUGCUUUUACAUAACUACCACGAUGUGAUGUCACUCACGAAUCAGCACGAAAUUGGCAUUUUGAUGCGGGAGACGGGAAUGUCCAUUCUCUGCACUUCCAUCAAUAACAUAUUGUCAUUCCUUGCUGGGACUAUGCUUCCCAUUCCGGCAUUGCGUUCUUUCUGUGCUCAAAGUUCUAUACUACUUACUUUUAACUUUAUCGCCAUUUUAACAUUGUACCCUGCAAUAAUAUCUAUUGAUCUUCGACGAAGGAAAGCCGGAAUGAGAGACUUAAUCUGUUGGGUCCGUGGUGAAAGUAGAGAAGAAGCGUACUCGAUGAUAACGAAGCCUCACAUUCAGAUGAAGACAACAAUUGGCGAACCAAUUAUGCGCAUGCCGUCGUAUAAAGAUUUGGAAGAGGAGCCGGAACCGGAACCAUUCUCACUGCAUUCACUUAUACGAAACUACUAUAUUCCUUUCAUUAAUAGGAAAUGUGUAAAGACCGUUGUAAUUAGCGGCUCGUUCGCGCUACUCAUGUUAGCUGUGUGUGGAAUGCGACAAGCGGCUAUUGGAUUGGAGCUCAGUGAUGUACUUCCAGAGCAUACAGCACCAGCUAAAUUUUUACAAGCACGGGAUAAGUACUUCAGUUUCUAUCCAAUGUUCGCUGUAAUCAAAGGUCCUCACAUAGACUAUGCUCGCCAACAGCACCAGAUUGACAAUUACCGUAAGGCGAUAGAUAAAGGGAUCUUUCUAGCAUCUUCAAAAUUCGUUAUCAAAACGAAGUUCGGUGAGCCUUCAGAAAAAUAUUGGUUAGGAAUGAUGCGUGACUGGUUGGCCAGUUUGCAAAAGGCAUACGACCAUGAAAUGGCACUUGGAAAGUUUAAUCUAACUGAUGGUGAACUGAAAGGUAACGUCAGCGAGGACGCACUGAUUGCACAUCGUCUGAUAUGUAGUGCUGGGAUGGUCUACCAGUGCGAAGGGAGGGUAGGUAGGAUACGGUUAGUUGACGAUAUGCAAACGAUCAACUACGAUGGUUUUUUCAAUUAUUUAACGGCUUGGUACAAUCAGGAUAACAUGAUGUACUAUGUUUCGCAAGCGUCCUUCUAUCCUGCACCUCCAAAAUGGUCGAUUUCGGACAAGAAUGCGCCAUUAUUGGUACCGCCAGCUGCACCACUGGCCUAUUCUCAAAUACCGUUCUACCUCACCGGUCUUACUGAUACCCCCGAUAUUCGAUCAACUUGUGAUCGCUUCGUUGAGCAGGGUCUUCCGAACUUUCCACAGGGUAUAGCAUUCACUUUUUGGGAACAGUACCUUCAUCUCAACGGUAACCUGUUAACGGCAAUAGGGCUCAUUGCAUUCGCUGUGUUUGUCGUCAUAUCUGUGUUGCUGUUUAAUCCAUGGGCUGCGUUUAAUGUUUUGGUGGUCCUUAUUGUGAUGACUGUCGAACUGGCUGGUUUCAUGGGUUGGGCUGGUGUGAAAAUGAAUCCAGUGUCAGCAGUUACUCUGAUUACUGCUGUAGGCAUUGGCGUGGAAUUCACUGCACAUGUCGUUUUAUCGUAUUUAACAUCUUUGGGAACAAGAUCGGAGAGAACAUCAAGUGCUAUUGAUCGUGUGUUUGUUCCGGUUAUUCAUGGAGCUUUGUCAACAUUGCUUGGUAUUAUUAUGCUUGGAUUCUCAGAAUUUGAGUUCGUUGUAAAGUACUUUUUCAUUGUAAUGUCUGCAUUGAUAGUGAUUGGUGUAAUUAAUGGUUUGAUCUUACUGCCGGUAUUGCUGUCGUUAACUGGAGCUCCUCAAGAGGUUUUCUCUUUGGAUGGGAAGGCGCAACUGAAUCUUCCGCCUCCAAUUCGUCGUCGGGAGACUGAAAUCGUUGAAGAGGAUGACGAAGUUCUUAUCAUGAUGCCACGUAGCGGCCAGCCGUUCCACAAUAUUGCGAUUUAG